AUGCCCAACCCCGAAGCUCAGACCGGACUCUCGCACAAGCUGGAGAAGAAGCGCAAGAGACAAGCCGACGCGUCUUCCUCGAAGCAGGAUAAACCCGAGACUUCGCCUGCAGCUCCGGCAGCAGCAACAGACGGAUCGAACAAGAAGAAGCGCAAGAAGGCAAAGAAGAACAAUCCGCAGUCCGAGCAAGAUGUGAAGCAGCAGGAUCGCAAGGAUGGUGUCGACGAGUCCAUUGGGAAGAUGGAUGGCCCGCUCUUGGCCGAUUACUUUGCCCAGCGAGCAAAGAAGCUGGACAAGGAGCUGUCGGCAGUGGAAUUGAGUGAUUUGUCGGUGCCAGGCUCUGUCUUUCUGGAUACCACGUCGUUCACCUCGCCCAGAACCUUGGACCAACUCCCCGCAUUCAUCAAGAAGUUCAGCCCAAAGAAUGCCGAUCUGUCGAAAGCUUCGGAGGAGAAGGGUGCCCCGCAUACUCUGGUGAUUUCCCCCGCGGCACUCCGCGCGGCUGAUGUAGUAAGAGCGCUUCGGUCUUUCCAAAACAAGGAGUCGAUUGUGGGGAAGCUGUUUGCCAAGCAUAUCAAGCUGGAGGAAGCGAAGCAGUUCCUCCAACGCGCACGAACGGGUAUGGGAGUCGGCACGCCGACCAGAGUAUCUGAUUUGAUUGAGUCUGGAACUCUCAAACUGGGUGAGCUGGAACGCAUUGUUAUCGAUGGAUCCCACAUCGACCAGAAGCAGCGGGGCAUCUUCGACAUGAAAGAAACACAUCUGCCUCUGCUGCAGCUGCUCACCCGAUCAGAAUUGCGGGAGCGGUAUGGGGCAUCGAAGAAGCCAGUGCAAAUCUUGAUGUUCUGA